AUGCUGAGCUCUGAUCAAUCUUAUGACGAAGAAAAUGAUGUGUUCUUCGACUCGGAGGACUUGUCACCUGCACGAUCACUCGUAGCAAGUGAGGAGUACAAAAUUUGGAUGUAUGAGCCACCAAGUGUUAAGGAGAGACGGGAGAGUUUUCUGCGAAAAAUGGAUUUAGUUGAGUUUGAUUCUACAAAGUUUGCUUCUGUGGAUACGGGAUUGGAAAGAGUUUCGGAAUGCAGUGGAGCUUCCCCAAGCUCUUGCAUUUCGCCUUCUAGUCGUCAUCAAGCAAACUUUAUGUACAAUACAUUGGAUAGUAACAUACACGGUAGCUCAAAUUUGGCCUGGACUCACGAUGCUGUUCAUAUUGCUUCACCUUCUGCUACGGGUUCUGCUCGGAGAGAAGCUGAGGCUCCAGAAAAAGAAUAUCAGAAUUCACAGGAGGGUGAAAAGAAGACGAAAGUUUGGUGGAAACAGUUUAUAAACAAGAGGAAGAGAAGAGGAGGUAAAGUUGUGUCAAAGGUAUCGAAACCAGAUACUGAAAUACCGAAACAAAAUAGGAUGAAGGUCAAGCAGAAUGGUAAGAAGUGUAUGGAGUUCACUGCACUAUACAGUGGGCAAGAAAUUCUUGCGCACAAGGGGUUCAUUGGGGUGAUGAAGUUUAGUCCCAAUGGCCAGUACGUCGCAACUGGCGGUGAAGAUGGGAUUGUGUGCAUCUGGCGUGUUACAUUAGCAGAUGCUUCUUGUACCUACUUAACACCUCAAGGGAACUUUGAUAGCAAACUUAAGAAAAUGAAGUCCGGUUAUCACGUGAUCUUUCCUGAAAAGGGUUUUCGAAUUCAGGAGUCACCGCUGCAAGAGUUUCAUGGCCAUUCCAGUGAUGUGUUAGACCUGGCUUGGUCGAGUUCAAAUUAUCUUCUUUCUUCGUCCAUGGAUAAAACUGUUCGUCUGUGGGAUGUUAGUUCCGGUCACUGCCUAAAUGUUUUCGAUCACAAUGACUAUGUGACGUGCAUUCAGUUCAAUCCUGUCAACGACAAUUAUUUCAUAAGUGGAUCGAUAGAUGGGAAAGUUCGAGUUUGGGGACUCUCUGAUAACCGAGUUGCUGACUGGGCUGAUGUUCGAGAUGUUAUAACUGCUAUAUGUUAUCAACCAGAUGGAAAAGGUUUCGUGGUUGGUUCUGUUACAGGCACUUGCCACUUCUAUGAAGUAUCAGGGGACUAUCUUCAGCUGGUUGUGCGAAUGCGUAUUCAUGGUAGGAAGAAAACCUCCGGCAACCAAAUCACUGGCAUCAAGUUUUGCCAGGAAAAGUCGCAGAGAGUUAUGAUAACAUCAGAAGACUCGAAAGUCCGUAUAUUUGACGGAGUAGAACUUAUAAGGAAAUACAAAGGUCUUGCAAAGUCGGGAAGUCAGACGUCAGCUUCUUUUACAUCGAGCGGGAAACAUAUAAUUUCAGUUGGAGAGGACUCGCGUGUUUAUUUGUGGGACUAUGACGAGCAUUGUGUCUCAUCAUCAUCCAAACAAACAAAAUCUGUUCAAUCCUGUGAGCAUUUCUUAUGCGAAGGUGUGUCUGUCGCGGUACCUUGGCCAGGCAUGAGAAGAGAACAAAGGAGCUUGGAAACACAAGGCCAUCUGGAGGCUGCUCCGGGAAGCAGAGAUUCGCAAUGUUUUUCUCUUGGAAAUUGGUUUUUCUUAAAUGGUCCGUGCAGGGGCGGCUCUGCAACUUGGCCCGAAGAGAAACUUCAUCUGCCUUUAUGGGAUUUACCGGUCAUACGAGAUGAAAAUGGUCAACAUCACCGGCAACGUCAAGUUCAUCAUCGUCAGCAGCAGCAGCAAAAUAAAGCACUCAAUCGCACCGCUGAAUCGGAACCAUGGGGACUUGUCAUUGUAACUGCUGGAUGUGACGGAACAAUCAGGACAUUCCAUAACUACGGAUUGCCAGUCAGAUUGUAAGAGUUGGUUUGGAUCACGCUGCACUGGCUCCAACGUCACUGAAUCAACACGCAACGCAACAAGAGUUAAGUCCCUACAUUUCCAUGUUCUUUCAUGUCGGUCGAGCGUCCGUGGCAGUGCCCAUGAAGAUGUAGGUAGCUUAAUUAUGUAGUUUUUCAAUCCUUGACAUUAUUUUUUUUUUGAAUAUUAAUUUAGCACUGACAACAUAGGGAAUACGUACAAUUACACAGUCGUCCCAGCCAGAAUAGGACUAGAGUCGUUUUCGCAGAGCAGCAAGGAAUACUCAUAUUGUACAAUUUCAAUUAUUGUUUUAGCCAAUCAUGUAUAGAAAGCGCUAUUGGAAGAACAAGCCGUCCUACCUUGUCUCCUACCUUGUCCAAGCCGUCCUAGCUUGUCCAAGC